CACUGGUGCUAUAUGGGAUGACCCUGUACAAGAUACAGAUUUAUUCCCACGCGAAAAUAUAGUUCACCCAUGCGCCUUCGACUUCGAGCACCAGUUGAAUGGCCCUUUAUACGCAUCGCAAACCACCCUAAAACAACCCUCAAAAUCAGCACCCUUCGAACUCCAAAACCACAAAGACAUAGAGAUAAAGUGGCCGAUUUUAGCUAUGGUGUAAACACAAACAAAUAAGGUGAUUCGAUUCGAGUGGAUACAAACAAACACACACCCGAUAAGGUGAGGGCUGAAAAAUCAAUAGAGUCGAAGGAAUGAAUAGUCUCCUGGUGUCACCUCGGUCGAAAAAACGUAAACAAAAAGACGAAAUGAAGGAGCAGAUAGUGGUUCAAGUGCACAAAUCGAUUCUUUCCAACAAUGGUAGUGACACGGAGGGUGGCAUUCACAGUGCCUCCACCACCAAUUCCUCCGAGGAUAAUGUUAACAGAACGUACACUCUGGAGGAUACAAAACAUGUCGAGAGUUCCAACAACAGGACUUUCAUCGGCAACUACGAGAAGAAAGAGGACGAGGAGAAAAAAGAGGAGGACAAGAGAAAUGAGAACGACGUGAUUGACGUGAAGGCGUUGCCCAGCAGGGACAUCUCUGUGGACGGCGACAGCCAGAUCAACUCCAAGAUCUUGUCGCUGAUAGAGACGGAGAUGAAGAGAGAUAUCAACAAACAUUCACACUUCACCGACUCCAGGCCACAGAGUCUCAGCUUCUACGAGGACGAAAGGGUGCCGGAAGAACUGUCUGGGAACCUGGAGCUGUUGAGCCCCGAAGAACGCAAGCACUACCACCGGAAGCGGAAAGAGUACACCGCCGCGUGUCAGAUGGACACCGAAGAGAUGAACGCGUACAACGCGAUGCAGGACGCUUUGUGCGGCGGCGGCGGUGGACGUCUCGACGCCGCCACCUCCGAGGACAUCAUGGCCGCCUCCGCUGCUCCCGCCAAAAAGUCAAAAUCGAAGAAGAAGCGGCACGCGGCAGAUCAUCCCGAUUUGGGCUUGGGCGACAGCAGAGAGAUGAUGAUCCCCAAGGAGAAGAGGAAGAGCAAGAAGAAGAAGCAGCGAGAUAAUUCGCCCAUAGCCUCUAACACCUCGAAACGCAAACACAAGAAACGGGAAGAAGAAUACGAUCUGAGAACUGACAUUGCGGUGACACUGGAAGAACUUCAAGAUGACGUGUUUGAAAACAGCAUGGAAUUUAGCCUAAAACCGGAAAACAUGAAGAAAAGCCCGCGAAAAUCGGACAAGUUGUACGUUCAGAAGAAAAACAAGUUCGAAGUUACUUCACGGCCUAGUCAUUUCCUGAACAGGCAAUCUGCCCAAGAUCUGGAUGAUGCCAAAUUUGGAAAGAGAAUAUCGACAUAUCCCAUAGAAAUAUCGGUGCGAGUACAGAAGGUUUGGACGCGUCUGUCUACUCUGUGCCACGGGCUAUUGGGAGGCCUAGCUCUCGGCCAUUGGCUUUAUCUCGUCUGCAAUUUCCACCGACAGGAUGUUAGCUUCCUCGUUCACUACGCCUAUUACAGUGACAUAUAUGUCGGACUGUAUUUUGCCCUAUGCGUUCUGUGCCUCGUUUCCGUGUUCGACAGGAUUGAUAUUGCCCAUCUAGAUAAAAACUACAUGAAGGAACUGUGGAACCAAAAAAGAAGCACCUUUAUUGUCAUACUUUACAUUACCUGCUUCAUAGUUCAUUUAUCCACAGCAAAUUAUGAUGACAAAUUAUCAUUGAUGUCAUAUCAAAAUGAAAAUAGCAACAUAUCCAUUGUAACAAAUAUCACAGGAAGUGAAUUAAACACAUGGAAUCAUCUUUCAUUGUGGAGGGCUUUAUUAGCAUUCUCAGCAUGGAUUUUUGUGGGGUUGGGACCACCAGAUGAUAUGCUUCAAUAUCAUCUGAAGAAUUUGGAAGCAUAUCUACCUAAUAAAUGAUAGUUUUUGUUAUUAUUACAUCAAUAUUUUGUGAUAACUGAAAAUUCCAUAAUACCUAUCCAAGACUGUAUAUGAAGAAUAUAAAAAUAAUAACUUAAACUUCUUGAAUUAUAAACAUCUCACUCCAUAACUUACCCUAUUGCACGCUUGCCAAAGCAAACACAAAAAUUAAUCGAUGAUUCCUUUAUUAUUCCAAUGAAAAUGAAACAGUUCUAAAGUAGCUUACUAGAUUUUAUGUUUGUUGGCGUCUAUGGUUG